GAGUUUGAACAAGUGGGGGCACGGCAGUACAGCCCUUCUUGCUCUUUUCAGGAACCCAUCAUUUCCUCAUUCCCGUUUGGCUCUUUUCCUGAGAAAAAGUAAAGAGAGAAAUUUGCCAUUCUCAGAUGCAUUUUUGAAAGGCUGCAAAAGAAAAUUGAGUGCCCUUAUUAACAUAGAGUUAAAUAAUGGCGUGAGAGUUGAAUUCUGCAGCUCAGUGAUUCUGCAAAAAUCACAGCUGCUGAUCAAGAUGAUUGGAAUUCUCACCAAAUGAACCAUUUUUGCUGUUCCGUCCUUAUUAAUGAUUCCAACUUUUCUUGUCUUGUUGGAGAAGGGUUUGCUGUCUAUUCAUUGAUUUAAAAUAUUUCUGCUGUGUGGAGUCCGUCAUGCUUUGCUGCUGGGGUUUGUUUGGAAAAUUAUGAUUUGAUUUGGGAGCUUUGAAGCUGGGGAAAUAAGACUGUUUACCGGCCGGGAGUCUCUAGCUUGUGAUUUAUUCAUUAGGUGCAGAGCUGCCAGAAUUAAAGAAAGGAUUUUUUUUUUGUUGAUUUGCAAAAAAAAAAUUAUAUUCUGGCCUGGAUUGAUUAUUUUAAUUUGUGGUACAAAGACCGGGAUUUCACUAGGUCAAAACCAGUUGUACUUUUGUUCAUUGCCGGAGUCAUGGCAUCCAUGCUCCGCUCCGAAUCAAGGAGGCUGUAUUCUUGGUGGUGGGACAGCCACAUCCCUAAGAACUCAAAAUGGCUUCAGGAAAAUCUCACUGAUAUGGAUGCUAAAAUUAAGGCAAUGAUCAAGCUGAUAGAAGAAGAUGCAGAUUCGUUUGCAAGAAGAGCCGAAAUGUAUUAUAAAAAGCGGCCUGAGCUGAUAAAACUGGUUGAGGAGUUCUAUCGCGCGUACCGUGCAUUGGCCGAAAGAUAUGAUUACGUGACAGGUGAGCUCCGGCAUGCACACAAAGCAAUGGCAGAGGUUAUUCCAAACCAAAUGCCUUUCCUUAUGGUCGACGAUUCACCUUCAAGCGCUUCAACACUUGAGGCAGAUCCUCACACUCCAGAAAUUCUGCCUCCAGCCCGCGCAUUGCCUGAAACGGAUGAUGACCUCCAAAAGAAUUUGUCAUCCUGGAAACAUGAUUUCAGGAUGGUUGGGAUUUAUCCUGGUGAAUUGGAUGCUGAAUCCAGUGAAAAGGGUUUGAAACAGUUGAAUGAGAUUAUCGGAGGACAAAAUGGUGCCUCAAAAAUUUCAAAGUUUUUGGAUGGAGGGUUAGUAAGAGGUCUUCCUGAUAUAGCAGAAUUUGAAGUUCAGAGCUUGAAGGAAGCACUUACUGAUAUAGAAGCGGAGAAGGAAUCUCUCCUCCUCCAGUAUAAGCAAUGCUUAGAAAAGUUAUCAGCUGCAGAGUCAAAGCUGGUUGAGGCACAGAAGGAUUCCGUGACUCUCAUUGAACAAGCAAGUAAUGCUGGAACUGAACUUCAGGCUUUGAAAGAAUCCCUUAGUAAGGUAAAGGCUGAAAGAGAUUCGGAACUGGAGAAAAGCAAGCAAUAUCUACUCACAAUAUCCAGUCUUGAGGGAAAGGUCUCUCAAGUACAGGAGAAUGUGAAAGACCAAAGUGAUCGAGCAUUCGAAGCAGAAAGUGAAGCUCAAAGCCUAAGGAAUGAGAUCAGCAAACUGGAGUCUGAAAAUGAAGCUUGCCUUUGCCAUGAAAAUGGACCAAACAACCCAUUGGAAGAUAGCUCUGAGAAGCUGAUACCAAGUCAAUCUGCCACCACUAUUAAAGGAGUCAUGGAUUUGCAGCAGCUAGGAACGAGGAUUAAAGCUGUCGAAAAGGUGGUUGGUGAACAGAUGAAGAAGCCCGGGAUGAAGACCAAGACUGUUCAUAAUACUAUGAGGUCUGAAAUUGAGGCCUUACUGUCUCAGCACAGUAUGGACAGAGAAAUAUAUAAGCUCAGAGAUAGGGAGGGAAGUAGGGACGAGUAUUCGGACAAUGUCAAAUUAACAAAGAGGAAGCCCAAACCUUUUGAAGUCAAGCAUGGGUCAACAACAAAAGACAUCCCACUUGAUCAUGGGUCAGAUUGCUCGCCGCAAAAAAAUCGCAGGAGAGGUGCUACUGCAUCAUCAUACAGGAUAGAUGACCAGAUGCUUGAGUUAUGGGAAACUGCAGCAGGCUGCAGUCCCAUUCGAACAGUGAGAGGGUUGAAGACUCAUCAGCAGGGUCAUGAACAACCCAGAGAGGGGAAUGCCAUCUACAAUCACCUAAGUGCAGAGUGGAAGAACAAACACCCACCAACAGACAUGGAAGUGAAGGAGCUGGGGGUUGAUAAACUAGAGCUACCCAUGACUGUUUCCCAGCCAGAUCAAGGGACGAACGACAGAAGGAUUCUGGAGAGGCUUACUUCUGAUGCAGAAAAGCUGACUGGCAUUCAGGUGACAGUUGAUAACAUGAGGAGGAGACUGGAGACAACUAAAAGGAGCAGAAAAUCCAAAAACGUGGAUUACGACACGGUGAAGGAGCAGUUACAAGAAGUUGAGGAAAGUGUUGUCCAGUUAGUGAACUUGAACAGUCAGUUGGUCGAAAAUGCCAACGAGGGUUCCUUUGGAGAUGCAAAGGAGGUCUCAAAUGUGUGGCAUAAGAGAGUCACUGAGCAGGCUAAGAAAGGGUCAGAGAAGAUCGGACGAUUGCAGAUGGAGGUCCAGAAAAUCCAGUACGUGUUGCUGAAACUGGAGGAAGAGAAGAAAGGGAAAGCCAGAAGCCGAUUUUCCAAGAGGAAAACUGGCAUUGUUCUCAAGGACUUCAUUUACAUUGGCAGGAGAGACAGCGAAAAGAGGAAGAAAGAGGCUCAUCUCUGUGGCUGUUUUCGACCUUCUUCACGCAGUGGCAGCGUAAGCCACAUAUGAUUCCCUUGUAAGUCCAUGUAACUGAUAAGUGUUUUUUUGAAUGACACUCCUAAGCACCAAUAUUGUCUACUUCUAAUAAACAUAGGUUUUGACA